UACACUCAAGUAGUAUAAUUUUUGCUGAUUCGUCUUCAACAGCAUUUUUUGUCGCCUGGAGAGGUAGAGAGCGACAGUUUCGAUUUCACUAAGUAAGAUAUUUGCUUGCACAAGAAAAUGUCGGCGAGAAGUUUCCUGCGGUUGCCGUUACUUGCCUGUAUCGUUGCCGGCUCAACAUGCCUGGCUGUGGUGCAGGCCUCGACGCAGCGGUCGAUUGGCAGCGCUACUACAUGGAUGGAUAUUCCAGACGUAUCCCGGGAACAAAUGAAGCGCCAUCACUACGUGUUGUAAACAAACCACUUCAAAUUUGUACAAUUUGCAGGCAGGAGCAGCUAUAUUAUAAAUCAGAAUACGAGAAGGACGAGCAUGUGCAUGCAGCAUGCUAGAUCGCUAAGAUACACGGCAACAUGACUCUUCAACAUUCAAAAGUUCCUCAGAUGCAAAAAUUACAAUACAACCGAGUGAUGGUGUUCAGUGUUUACUUCUCCAUACAAGGACACGUGGACAAAUAGAGUCUGUCCGUACUUGGAAAACAACAACACUCCCCUGCACGAAGUUUUCGAUUCCUUGUUGAACGACAGGGCGACGCCGGAAUGGGUGGCGACGCCGGAAGAGUAUCGGCCCCUGGUGCUCCCCGGCCGGGCACGAGGGCCGCUGGCGGAGCAGAUGCGAACCGAGUUGGCGGCUUUUCUCGCGGAAGAAAGCUGGGAAAGCCGGUCGUCCUCUACUCGUAGACAAGGGCAAGAAAAUCUUUUGACCGAUCGCGUCAAAGAGGCGGCAAAAAAAUUCGCCCUCCAUCUAAUGGAAAAGUCCCGGAAGCGUUUCAUUCAGCUGCUCAUGCUCGACUCAGAUGCACCGCGCCCCCUCCUCGCGCUUCGAAGCGUGAGUCGCCGGUUCCGUAGUACAACGCCGGUCCCCCCGAUGGCUUUUGGUUUCGCGCAGCAGUUUAUGCAUUGCAAAUAUGUCUGGGUCUGGGAGGAUGCGAACUUGUCAUGCUAAGUCUGGAUCGUACAAAAAUUUGUGUUGCAUGACUACCAAAAGCUGUCCAGUUUUGAACAAGUUUAGAUAGAAGCAGUUUGCCAUGCAGGAUAGGCAUGAUAGGGACGUCGCAGAGCCUGUCAUGCUAGGUCCUGCAUUCCAAACCUCAUUGGGCAUGGAAAAUAUGCAUGAGAAGUUUGCAUUCUUCCAGACCCAGACAUAUUUGCAUUUGAUACAGUUGCUGUCCUACCGGACCACGACUUCUGAGCAAUCCGUUGCUACUCCUACUACAGGCGCAAUUACUCCUUCGGUGCAGCAGUUUAUUCAGAACGGGGGGGAACAUCAACCCACGGGAACAAGAAUUGCUGCCACAUCGAUCAUUUCUGACUACGUCGGCCCUUUGGAUGAGAGCUUUCAGUAUUUUUUGCGUCGUCUGGAAGCGGUUCUCAAGCGACCGGACCUGCAAAGCGCUGAAAUGGCCACAGACCGCACACUCGUUAACACCGUAUCAAGCUACAACGUCCAGGCUCCUCGCUUGGGCGCCGAUCUACUACCAUCCGCAGCGAAAGCCUACUAUUCAUACGACCGUCGCAUCGCCACCAAGCCCACCCCGCAUUUCCGGCUACUCGUCGAAGCGGGAGGACCUGGUGUCGACCUGUCGAACGAGGCAAAAGAGAAGCUGGCCUGGGAUACAAAAUGGCAAUGGCACGCUGUCGUACGGGACGCGGAUUCGGGCCAGCAUCGAACGAUCGUGCCGGCUCCUGGUGAGGAGCCGAAUACUUGGGCAGAUCGCACCGCGAAUGCUAUCUACCUCGCGAAAACCAGAAGAGUCAUUUUACCCGAUGCGCCGGAGCUUUUCGUCUGCGGCAGUAUCACAGGCAGUCCAAUGAUGAACAAGCUCAGCCUGGUGAUCUCAGAGGCUUUUGAUGGCAAGCUGUGUACGGAGUGAUAUUUAUUGUCGUUCAAUGCCUCCUCAAUCUCCAGGCUUCGCCGGCUGUACGAAGAACGCAGCACAGAUCGCUGCAAGGGCUAUUGAUAUACUACUCAAUAACUCUGAACAUGCCCCGCACUCACGUAUGUUUUGUGUACUCAAUAUUUCGAUGACGCCCUGAGCACAAAAACGUUUUGAAAUAAAAGUUUUGGUAAGCAUUUUAAGUUUUGGUAAGCAUUUGACUAAAAAAUAGUUGUCUAUAAGCCUUAUUUCGGUCGCAAGCUAGCAAGCAAGCAAGCCUGUUUCGUUUGGGGCACGAGCAGUGAUUGGGAACCGUGCAGGCCCAGUAGUCAAUUACUCCGUGAGGAUUUGACGUUUCUUUUGUCUGAAAAUGUAUGAUAUAGUGGAAAUAGGCCUACAACUCGUAGAAGGAGGUAGUGGUAUGCGUAGAUGGUGAGCUGUCGCAAGUAUUUUCGAAACUACGCACCGGCCAUCCUUCUAGGGUGCAGGAGCAACUUAAAAAAAUGCCACGGCCAUGAUCAAAAAGGAGGACACAACAUUUGGAAGCAGAAAGUGCCAGGCGAGAAUUUCAAUUUACAUACUGGAAGAUCAUAGUUCGUAGUUUAAACAAAAUUCUGCCCAAGGGAAGGCAUUAAUUCGGAGGAAUGCAAGACGUGCCUGCCAACGUCGGAGGACAGUAGCACUUGGACUUGCCAAGACAGCAGGUACAAAUUCAAAUCGAAAACUUACGCGAUCAAUGAACAGCAUAAGAGCAACGAAGGUGCUUUCUAGAAUUUCACUGAUUGAAGAAGAAAAUCGAAAUGAGCAAAAGACUGCGAAGAGCAGUCAGAAGAUCGCCCAGGGGUCCCCGCAACAAGCCUGCUCAAAAACGAGGCCACGCGAUCUUUUUGUCUGACCGAUCUGCCGUCGUGUGCUGUCUAGUUCGUUUUGCCCCCACGACCUAGUGUUCUGACUUCUACAUCAGGUUGAGAGUGCAGCUUGCAGGUGCAGCCCAACACUUCUACACUUAAGUAGCACAAUUUUUGCUGAUUCGUUGUGCUCAAUAGCAUUUUUUGUCGCCUAGAGAGGUAGACAGUUUUAAUUUGACUAAGAUAUACAAGAUGGGGGUCGGCCGUUUGGCCGACCCUAUCUUGAUGGACAGGGGGCAACCAUAAGAAUCAGCAUCAAGACAGGCCCAACGCAAACCCUAGCGGCCGAAUGUUCCCGAAGGCUGGCCCCCCGAAGGGGUUGGCGGAAAGCGCUGCAAACGCAGCACCCUGCUUCAAGGAGACUUGCGAUGCCAGAGGCCCCCAUCAAGGGGCACCGAAGGCCCCCGCGAGGGGUAUCGAAGACCCCCCAAGGGGGUAGCGCGAGAUGGGGCGCCGCCUGAAGGCGUCCGCCCAAGGUUUCCGACCCCCCGACCCGAAGGUCCUGGCGGUCGGAAAGUUUGCCCGGCCCCCUUCAAGGGGGUGCGACCACCCCCAGGGGAGUGGCGCGAAGGGCGGCACGCAACAUCGUGCGAGGGCGUCCGCUCGGGGUUCCCCGAAAAGCUUGCAGAAACACAAACGCCCUGCAAGUUUGCGAUGCCCAUGGCCCCGCUCAUAGGGUAGCGAAGACCCCCAAGAGGGCACCGGAGAGCCCCCGAAGGGGUUGGCGCCGAAGGCCCCCACGAGGGGGUAGCGCGAGGUGGGGCGCCGCUCGUUCGACGGCGCCUGCCCGGCUGGGGUUCUCCCCCAUCGAUGGAUCGCUCGGCCCCCCGGGCGGUGCGGCCAAAUGGAGCCUCGCAAUAGCAGGAACGGGCACGAAGCCUGUGUUUCCCGGGGCCCCCUCCCGGGGUAUCGAAGACCACACCAAAGGGGCGCCGAAUGGGAAGGCCAUUCUAGGAGGGUCGGGGUAGCCGAAGCUGAGCCGCAGCCUGAAGGCAUGCAUCCCUCCGCCCGCGGCCCCCCGAAGAUGGGCGCCCGAAGGGACAGGCGCGCGGGAAGCAAACCCGCAAAGGCGGGAAACAAACCCGCAAAAGCAGAAACGUGCUGCGGGUUCGCGGUGCCCGAGGCGCCCAACACAUGGCACCGAAGACCCCCCCGGGGGGCACCGAAGACCCCCGACGGGGUAAAGAAGACCCCGGAGACUGGGUGGCCCGCCAAAAGGUCGGCUGGGAACUGAGCAAAGGCUGCGAAGCCCGUCCGGUGGCUGCCGCCCUUGCUUCAGGCGGUAAGUAUGGAAGGGCCCGCGAAAGGAUACCGGAGACGCCCCGGAGGCGGGGCACCACAGGCCCCCCGACUGGGGUAGCGCGAUGUGGGGCGCCGCCUGAGGUUGUCCGCCCGAGGCGCCCCGGGGGCUGAUCGGCCCCCCGAGAGGUUGGCCCGGCGGAAAGCUCGGAAAGGCAGGCACCUGCCCCAAGUCUGUGACAGGUACCGAAGACCCCCCCGAACGGCAUCGAAGGCCCCCCAAAAGAUAUCGAAGACCCUCCGAAGCAAAGGGCAUCGAAGACCCCCCGAAGGGGUGCCGAAGACCCCCCGAAGGUAGGGGUAUCAGAGACCCCCCCGAAGGGGUAUCGAAGACCCCCCGAAGGGGUAUCGGAGACCCCCCGAAGGGGUACCGAGGACCCGCCCUCCAACAAACAAAGGUUGGGCGGGCGAGGCGGGACGCCACCUGAGAGCGUCCGCCCGCCGGAGGUUUCACGAAGGGAGGCAGGCCCGCCUCACGCGGGGCCCGGCGGUCGGAAACUUCGCAAAGGCCGAAACCUGUUCCAAGGAAGCUAGCUUGUGACGCCCUACCUCCCCUCAACCGCGCAGGGCAGCCAACCUGCGCUCAACUCCGCCGGCUGCACUUCAACACCGUGGACCCUUCUGGCGUGCGAGGCUCAGAGCGCUAGUUAGAAGGUAGGCGGCAGGCCUAGCCGGGGAGCUCGCAGGGCGAACGCCUGCGCUACUUGCGCGCAGAGCAAUCCGGUCGCCUAAACUCCGGCGCCCUGGAUUCUUCUGGCAGGGCCCAGAGCGCUGCAACGUAGGGGGCUCGCCUGGACACGGAAUCGCGCAAAGGGAACAGCUGCGCCACCUGCGCCCAAGUGCACUGCAGCCGACGACACUCCGGCGCCCUUGGCCCUUCUCGCGCCGCUCCCUCAGAGCGCUCGCUGGGGUGUGCGCGGCUGGUUUGGUCACGGAAAGGCGCAAGGCGAACAUGUUGGCGCCGGGCUUUCGCGUAAAUCCAGGCGAAUAUGUACCAGCGCCCUGAGCCCUUCUGGUGGGGCACAGAGCACAGGAACGUCGGCGGCUGGCCUGGGCACGGAGGGCACCGAGCGGGCGUCUGCGCGACCUGCGAGCGCGCAAACGAACCGGAAAAACCAUAGCGGCUCAACCCUCCCGUGUUGGCGCUGCAGCUUGCUCGCCUGGCCGCCUUCGCGGGCCGGCGGAUGGAACGCACAGGCACUACCCUGAUGGCGCCGCUCGCUCACCCCAGAAAGUUGCAAGAAGGGCAAGCUGCGUCGCGCGGCGGGGCGGGAAUGAAAAAGAAACUAAAGCGACCAUGCCCCCCCGCGGGCGUUUAAACUAAAGCGGCCCCGCUCACCUCCGGAAGCAGAAAAUAAACGAUCGAAGCAAAAGCAGCACCACCCAGCGAGCACACCACAAACCGGCCGAGGCAAACCCGAGCGGCCCCACCCCCAUUAGAACACGGGGCGCCGCAAUCAUGGCGGCCCCACCCGCAUCCGGUGCGGAGCUCUAGCGAAGCCGAAGGUGGUGCCGAGGCCGAAGAGCAAAGAUAGAAAGCCGCGGCCCCAAAGGCGGAUGGAAACCGUCCCGAUGGCCAACCAAGGCGUCGGGCAAGGCAGGGGAGGGACAGGCAAAGGCCAGAAGAAAUACGCGCGCCGCGUGCCGCGACCCACGCACGGAAAGAACCUGAGCGGCGUCGCCCGGCACUAAACUUAAGCGGCGGGCGCCGCCCACCAAUGGAAACUAACAAACGGAACAACAGCGGCGCCGCCUACACCAAAAAGCGAGCCAAACCAUAGCGGUCCCGCCCGCGUUUGAACGUGGAGCAGACAACCGUGGGGACGCCGCUUGAAGGCCGACGCCGUGCCAAAAUUAUCUGAAGGCCCUUCGGAGGCCCCCCAAAGGCCCCCCGAAGGGGUGCGCGGAGGCCGAAGGCCCCUCGAAGGCCCCCCGAAGGCCCCCCAAAGGGGGGGGCGAAAAGGCCCCCGCAAGGGGGGUCGGAAAAAAAUUUACGGCAGGUUUUCGAGGCCCGAGGCCCCCCCGAGGCCUCCCCAAGAGGCCUAUCGAACCUCGGGCGAGGGGGCUCAUUGAACCCCCUUCGGGGGGUCAACGAUAGUUCUUGGCCGAUUCUCGGUCGACCAAGGGGUUGCGAAGGGGGUUCAUUGAGGGGCCGAAGGCCCUUCAAAGAGCAAAAUCAUCAUUAAUAGUAGUUAAUUUUGUUUGCACAAGGUAGGAGAUAAUGUCGCCGAGAAGUGUAUUCCUGCGGUUGUUGCCGUUACGUGCCUGUAUCGUUGCCAGCUCAACAUGCCUGGCUGUGGUGCAGGCUUCGACGCAGGCCUCGCAGAAAUUUAAUAAGAGUCUCCGCACUACUACAGGGGAUCACCUGGAGGUUGCCGCCUCGAGCGUACCAUCGGGAGCAUUGUCGAUUGGUGCUACGUCGAUGGAUAUUACAGACGUAUCCCGGGUGGAACAACAAAUGAGGCGCCAGCACUACAUGUUGUAAACAAACCACUUUGCAUUUGUACAAUUUGCAGGCGGGAGCCGCGACGCUCUAGUAAAUCAGAAUACGAGCUGCAGAUGAAGGACGAGCUGGUGCAUGCGGCUGCAUGCUAGAUGGCUAAGAUACAGCGCAUGACAUCAUAACCCUUCAACAUUUAAAAGAUUCUUCAGAUGCCAAAAUUGGAACUCAGUGCCGAGUGAUGGUCUUCAUUUUAAGUUAGUUUACUUCUCCAUACGAGGACACGUGGACAAAUGGAGUCUGUCCGUACUUGGAAAACAACAACACUCCCCUGCACGAAGUUUUCGACUCCUUGUUGCACGACGGGGCGACGCCGGAAUGGGCGGCGACGCCGGAAGAGUAUCGGCCUCUGGUGCUCCCCGGCCGGGCACGAGGGCCGCUGGCGGAGCAGAUGCGUACCGAGUUGGCGGCUUUUCUCGGGGAAAGCAGCUGGGAAAGCCGCUUGUCUUCUACUCGUAGACGAGGGCAAAUUCGUUUGACCGAUCGCGUCACAGAGGCGGCAAACAAAUUUGCCGUCCAUCUAAUGCAAAAGUCCCGUUAGCGUUUCAUUCAGCUGCUCAUGCUCGGCUCGCCCGCGCAGGGGGCGGGGGAUGCAGAUGCAGAUGCACCGUGCCCCCUCCUCGCGCUUCGAAGCGUGAGUCGCCGGUUCCGUAGUACAACGCCGGAUCCCGCCGCCCCGAUCAUGGCUUUUGGUUUCGCGCAGCAGUUGCUGUCCUACCGGACCACGACUUCUGAGCAAUCCGUUGCUACUCCUACUACAGGCGAAAUUACUCCUUCGGUGCAGCAGUUCGAUCAGAACGGGGGGGAACAAGAACCCACGGGAACAAGAAUUGCUGCCACAUCGAUCAUUUCUGACUACGUCGGCCCUUUGGAUGAGAGCUUCCAGUAUUUUUUGCGUCGUCUGGAAGCGGUUCUCAAGCGACCGGACCUGCAAAGCGCUGAAAUGGCCACAGGCACACUCGUUAACACCGUAUCAAGCUACACCAUCUUUGCUCCUCGGAUGGGCGCCAAUCUACUACCAUCCGCAGCUAAAGCCUACUAUGCAUACUACCGUCGCAUCGCCACCGAGCCCACGCAGCAUUUCCGGCUACUAGUCGAAGCGGGAGGACCUGGUGUCGAUCUGUCGAACGAAGCAAAAGAGAAGCUGGCCUGGGAUACAAAAUGGCAACGGCACGCUCGCGUACGGGACGCGGAUUCGGGCCAGUUUCGAACGAUCGUGCCGGCUCCUGGGGAGGACCCAAAUAAUUGGGCAGAUCGCACCGCGAAUGCUAUCUACCGUGCGAAAACCAGAAGAGUCAUUUUACCCGGUGCGCCGGAGCUUUUCGUCUGCGGCAGAAUCACGGACAGUCCAAUGAUGAACAAGCUCAGCCUGGACAUCUCAGAAGCUUUUGAGGGCAAGCUGUGUACGGAGUGAUAUUUAUUGUCGUUCCAUGCCUCCUCAAUCUCCAGGCUUCGCCGGCUGUACGCAGAACGCAGCACAGAUCGCUGCAAGGGCUAUUGAUAUACUACUCAAUAACUCUGAACAUACCCCGCACUCACGUAUGUUUUGUUUACUCAAUAUUUCGGUGACGCCCUGUUGAGCACAAAAACGUUUUGAAAUAAAAGUUUUGGUAAGCAUUUUAAAGUUUUGGUAAGCAUUUUAAUAGAAAAUAGUUGUCUAUAAGCCUUAUUUCGGUCGCAAGCUAGCAAGCAAGCAAGCCUGUUUCGUUUGGGACACGAGCAGUGAUUGGGAACCGUGCAGGCCCAGUAGUCAAUUACUCCGUGAGGAUUUGACGUUUCUUUUGUCCGAAAAUGUAUGAUUAGUGGAAAUAGGCUUACAACUCGUAGACGGAGGUAGUCGUAGUGCGUAGUGGUAUGCGUAGAUGAUGAGCUGUCGCAAGUAUUUUCGAAACUACGCACCGACCAUCCUCGACGUAGGGCGCACUGCAGGAGCAAUUAAAUGCCACGGCCAUGAUCAAAAAGGAGGACGCAACAUUUGGAAGCAGAAAGUGCCAGACGAGAUUAAUUUACUACACAUGAUAAGUACCUGCAAGAACCAAGGGGAAAGAAGUGGGCGGGAAU